AUGUAUCUUAGCAUAACUCUGCAUGCAUUUAGUUCUGUGCUCGAGAGACAUACGCUUUGCCGGCAGCGGGACGGAAGGAAGGCUACGGCGUGGUGUGGGCGCUCACAGCGCUCACAGCUCUACCUAAUACCACGACGGCUGCGGCACAUCCAGUCUAGUCCCUCUACGACACCACCACUCCUUCAUCGUAUUGCGUACAUGGUUCUCAAGGCGGCGUAUGCGUUAGCAACCUAUGUUUUACCAACAGGAUACUACUGGCACGCAGCCAUCGGCAUCACCUCACUUGUCGUGACCUAUGCGUUUGCCCAAGGAAAGACGACGGACAGGGAGCGAGACCUCCAUGCACGGACAAUCCUCGUAACCGGAGCUUUCACGCCGCUUGGGCUAACUACCAUCUCUGGCCUCGCGUCACGAGGCGCGAAUAUCAUUGCCAUCUCACCAUAUCCUCUUGAUCAUCCCUUCAACACGCUUAUCAUCCCGGCACUGCGCACGACGGCGAAGAAUGAGAACAUAUUCGCGGAGCAUGCAGACCUAUCAUCACCCGUUUCCAUUCGCGAGUUCUGCACCAAGUUCCUAACGGAAGGCGACCAACGGCUAGACGCUAUCGUUUUUGCACACGAGUACUAUGGAAUUGGGUCGCUCUUUGCAUCCAAGCCGUCGCACGAGAAGAAGCGGGAAGCUGCUUCGUUGGCGACGUUCUUGAUAGUCACGCUACUCCUCCCUGCGUUCCUUGUGGCACCCGUAGAACGCGACAUCCGCAUCGUCAGCGUCGUCAACCCGUAUUAUGCUGCAGCGGUGCCCUCGUUCAGCUCCGACCUGAUAGCCUCUAUGACUCCAGGAGAAUCGCCGAAGAAGCGUUCCCUGUUCUUGGCAGAAGGUCAUCGUGCGCUGCGUACAAUCGUUCUGACGCGCCACCUCCAGAGGAUAUUGAAUGCCCUUCCGAAUCGCGCGCCUUCGCUUGACUUGAAGACACCAGGGGGUGUACCAGUAGAGUCCCAAUCCUCUGCCGGUGGUAGCACAGCCAAAGAAUCAAAUGCCGGCGCCGAAGACAAGAGCAAAUCCAAGUUCCCGUCGAACAUUGUUGCCGUCACUGUCGCUCCCGGUAUGAGUCGCACGGAGACGAUUCGUAUCGCAAUGGGAGCGGACAAGACUGUGGAUCCUGAUGGUUAUUCGACCUUUGGCUUCAUUUUGUUUAUUCUAUGCUUACCGGAGAUCUGGAUCUUUGCAAAGUCGUCGAACAUGGCAGUGCAGAUAGUACUCCACGCGCUGUUCUUGCCGACACCGUUCAAGAGGGCUUUGGCUCACCUCGCUGCGGCAACUGCUACUGCCGCUAAGACAUCCUCGGAAAUCGAUGAGACUCAGGGUGCAGAGAAGACUCCAAGCUUAAUUCCAAACACCCUCACCGAGAUUCUCAAACCCGGAGCCCUUUAUCGCGAAUGCUCUGUUGUGACACUCCGCCUCCCGUCCCUUCCCCCGGCCGCUGAACAGUCAUCGGAGGAGGCAAAGGAUGGUGAGAAGGCCGCAAAAACGAAGAAGACCCAACAGAAGAAGGGUAAGGACGAGACGAACUUGCAGGAUGGAGAGCUCGAUAUCGAGGAUGAUGGUGAGUAUGGUGGAGAGAAGGUUGGCAGGCUUGCUUGGGAGUGGUUUGAGACACACCUCAAGACUUGGGAGGCUAGCGAGGAGAAGCCGAAGAAGCUUGCCACACCACAAGGGAGCAAAGAUUAGCUGUCUCGUAUCUACACUCCUGAAUAGCCACGUACCACACCGUCAAUCUAGCUCUUUCC